AUGUGCUGUGAUGACCCAGAGCCGGCUGCUAACAUCUGGAAGCUGGUCCAGGUGACCAGGAAGUGGCAGAGAAGGGCGGGGCCAGAGCAAAGGGAUCUCCUGCCCCACAGCACCAUCUGUGAUUGGAAGUGCGGUAUUUGUCACAGUGCUAUCUCCGGCUGGGUUUUUGAGCCCGCCCAGCAGCCAAUCAGGCUGACGAGGGUCUUUCCCCAGCUCCAACCCAUCCCCAUCUCCAGCCCCAUUCCCAUCUCCAGCCCCAUUCCCAUCCCCAGCUCCAACCCAGCCCCAGCCCCAUCUCCAGCCCCAUCCCCAGCUCCAGCCCCAUUCCCAUCCCCAGCUCCAUUCCCAGCCCUAGCUCCAAACCCAUCCCCAGCUCCAGCCCAUCCCCAGCUCCAGCCCAUCUCCAGCCCCCCAGCCCCAGCCCCAUCUCCAGCCCCAUCCCCAGCUCCAGCCCCAUUCUCAUCCCCAGCUCCAUUCCCAGCCCUAGCUCCAAACCCAUCCCCAGCUCCAAACCCAUCCCCAGCUCCAGCCCAUCUCCAGCCCCAUUCCCAUCCCCAGCUCCAACCCAUCCCCAGCCCCAGCUCCAGCCCCAUUCCCAUCCCCAGCUCCAUUCCCAUCCCCAGCUCCAACCCAUCCCCAGCCCCAGCUCCAGCCCCAUCCCCAGCCCCAUUCCCAUCCCCAGCUCCAUUCCCAGCCCUAGCUCCAAACCCAUCCCCAGCUCCAGCCCAUCCCCUCUCCAACCCAUCCCCAGCCCCAGCUCCAACCCCAUCCCCAUCUCCAGCCCCAUUCCCAUCCCCAGCUCCAACCCCAUCCCCAGCUGCAGCCUCAUCCCCAGCUCCAGCUCCAGGCUCAGUAAGUGGUGUCCCGGUGGUCUGGGUCUCACAGUUACCAGAGCAUUUCUGUUCCACCAGAUAA